AUGGCACAUACAAAUGAAAUAAUCAUCAACGGCGCAUCAUCAAGGUCGAUGCAAUCCCAAUGUGGUAAUUACCAAAUUGUAACAGCUAGGCAAGAAAGAAAAAUGGACGAAAGAAAAAGUACACAACGAUCGUCCUUUUUCACUAAAAGAACUGCUAUGUUGUUUUUUGUUGUUGCUUGCAUCUUUUUAAAGCACCAGGAUGAUGCUCGAAGACAGGGUGUGAAUGCUUCAUUACAAGUACAUAAUAAAGUAGGUAGAAAUUUAUCAAGCAAAGAAGAAGCAACUCCAUCAGGACCAAAUGACCACAGAUUGGGACAGACGGAAGAUCAUUCUGAAGGAGGAAGACAAGCUUCUCCUGCAGUAGGGGAAAUGGAAUAUCCUAAUGUAAGACAAGACGUUCAAAAACCGGCAGAACAGGAAGCGCCACUAUUUGGGGAGAGGACCAAUUAUAUCACAGAUGGUGAUUCAGGUAAUUAUGCCAUCUUUGAGAGUCUCUGUAAGAAUUCAUUUAAUGAUAAUAAGAAAAAAAAGAAAGGAAAAAAAGAAAUAGAAGAAGAAAAAAAGAAGGAAGAGGCACUUCUGAAGGAAAAGGAAAAAAGUCAGAAUAAGCUAAGUAUAGGAAACACAAAAGUCUACAGUGGUCCACUCGCUGCCUUAGAGAAAUAUGAAGAUGAACUGGAAGAAGAACGUAAAAGAUCUUUAAGAUAUGACAAGGAAGAACGAAGGAAAAAUAAAGAGCGUGAGGAAUACGAAAAAAUAGAAAAAUGGGGAAUGGACAAAAAAGUAGUGGUAGAAAAUGAUGAUAAUUAUUUAGAACAAAUAUCAGAGAAACGCAAAAGAUCUUUACGAUAUGACGAGGAAGAACAUAUAGAUGAUGAGGAAGAAAUGAAUGAACUGUUAUUUGGGGAAUUUAAAAAAUGGGAAAAUUAUGGAACGCAUACCAUCCCUUCUUCUCACUACGAAGUGUUAUGUUUUGAGGAUAGAUUGAACGAUUAUGAAAUAAAUAAAGAAUUAAAUGAAAUGGAAGAAAUGCCUAAAAAAUGCGAAUUAGUUUCUCUUUACUGGCAAUCAUUCAUGAAUGAAAAGCGCAAAUAUAUUAAUGCUAACAAACGUCUGUUCAAAAAAUUUUUAGAAUUAAAAAAAAAACAAAAUUUCGAUACUAUGGGAAAAUGUAAUAAUAAAUGGAAAAAAUGUAGUAAAAUAGUUGGUACUAACUUUAAAGAACAACGCGAAUAUGUUAAUGAUGUAUUUUAUUCACAUAUGACAAAGGAAAAUUUGAGCAAAGAUGAAUUUAAAGAGAUUUUGGGCCACGUUAGGGAUUCAUGGAAAGAGUUGACCCUUAAGGUGACGCAAGAAUGUGCAGCUCUUUUGGAAGAACCAAUUGUCCCGGAUGUCAAAAUCCUUGAUUAUGACCCUUAUUAUGGACACGGAUAUUUUAAAGUUACACGUAUGAGCAGCCCCGAAGUGAGCUCCUAA